UAUUAAAAUAAUCACCAAACUCAAAAAAAAAUACAGAAUUGAUUCAACUGACAUGACGUGUUUUCAAAUUUGAACACAUCACAACAGAGAAACAUGUCAAAAAUAACAAUGUGCGGAAUUAUUUAAAUAAAAAUAUCUUGGUAGUUUAUCCAAAAAAAUGUCUUGCAUUUUUCAUUUAAUGAUGAACAUUCUGUUGUCGGCACAGUUUGUUUUAUCAUUUAUUAGUUUUGUUGUUUUCUUUUUAUCUGUUUUACUUCCAUUAAUAGUAAUAUAUUUAAGGCGACAAAUCACUUUAAAACGUAAAAUAUUAAGGGAUUCACAUAAAGAUAAGACUAUUGUGGGGUUAUUUCAUCCUUAUUGUAAUGCUGGUGGAGGUGGCGAACGUGUUUUGUGGUGUGCGAUUAGAUCUUUACAGAAGAGGCACCCAUCUGCUAUAUAUUAUAUUUACACUGGAGAUACAGAAGCUUUUCCAGAAGCAAUUUUAAAAAAUGUUCGAGACAACUUUAGUAUAAAUUUAGAUGAAAAAAGUAUCAAAUUUAUAUAUUUAAGACGUAGAAAAUGGGUUGAAGGAAGUACUUACCCUUAUUUUACGUUACUAGCCCAAAGUUUGGGUUCAAUGUGGCUAAGCUUAGAAGCUAUAGAUAAAUUACAACCAGAUAUAAUGAUCGAUACAAUGGGAUAUGCAUUUACAUAUCCAGUAUUUAAAUAUAUUGGGCAAUGCAAAGUAGCAUGUUAUACACAUUAUCCAACUAUUACUUCAGAUAUGUUAAAAAGGGUUUAUAGUCGAGCUAUUACUCAUAAUAAUCGAAGAAUGAUUGCAAAUAGUUCGCUUUUAACAUCUGUAAAAGCUUUCUAUUAUAGAAUAUUUGGAAAGAUUUAUGGCGUGGUUGGACGAUGUUCAGAUGCGAUUAUGGUAAAUUCAAGUUGGACAGAAGAUCAUAUAAAUGAUAUAUGGAAUGUUCCAAUGCGUACACAUCGAAUAUAUCCACCAUGUGAUGUAGAAAAUUUAAAACAAUUAACAAAAUUACCUUAUGAUAAAAUCAAAAUUAUAUCACUUGGUCAAUUUAGGCCAGAAAAAAACCAUCCAUUACAAUUACGUGCAAUGUAUGAAUUACGUACAAUCUUAAGUGAACGAUUAUUCGAUCAAGUUGAGUUAUGUAUUAUUGGAUCAUGCCGAAAUGCGGAAGAUCAAACUCGUGUAAAAGAUAUGCAAGAUUUAUGUAAACAUUUAUCGUUAGAAAAUCAUGUUAAAUUUAAAAUUAAUAUCAGCUAUGAAGAAUUACAUAAAGAACUAAGAGAAGGUACAAUUGGAAUACAUUCAAUGUGGAAUGAACAUUUUGGAAUUGGUAUUGUUGAAUGUAUGGCCGCAGGGUUAAUAAUGGUAGCGCACAAAUCAGGUGGACCUCUUCGUGAUAUAAUUGAAACCAGUGAACCAUCUAAAACUGGAUAUUUGGCAACAACAGAUCAAGAAUACGCAUGUGCAAUAGCGGCAAUUAUUUAUUUGAACGAAAUGCAAAGAGCAUCUAUAGCUGCAGCUGCAAGAGCUUCUGUGGAUCGGUUUUCCGAGGAAGAAUUUGAUAUUGGAUUUGCUCGUGUUAUGGCACCAUUAUUUGAUUAAAUUUAUUUGUAUAUAUUUUAAUUCGAGAAUAAAU